UUCUAAACCUCAGCCAAUCAGUGGCGGAGAAUCCGUCAAAGCAGGAAGUCGUCAUUGCUGGCAGAGCAGUAUAUUCCCGCGAAGAUCGAGACUCAGAGAAGGGAAUUGUAGGUUGUUUUCCCAGUUGAGAGUCCCAUCACCAUGAGCAAGAGGAAGAUACAAGAGGCUCAUUUGCCAAUAGGAGAAUGCGUCACACAGGUUCAAGAGAUUUUAAGGGAGCGGCUUUGCCAUCAGCAGCUCCCUGACAGGCCGGAGGGACUGGAAGCUCAACACAAACACCUCCUGGAGCUGCUGAAGCGGACGGCCAUCCACGGGGAGAGUAACUCGGUGCUAAUUGUCGGCCCCAGAGGAGCAGGCAAAACAAUGCUCCUGAAGUGUGUGCUGAGAGACCUGCUAGAGGAAAAAGAAGCCCAGAAAAACCUGCUACAGGUUCAUCUCAACGGUCUCCUGCAGACUGACGACAGGAUAGCGCUGAAAGAGAUAACGCGGCAGCUCCACCUAGAAAACGUCGUUGGUGACAAAGUGUUUGGCAGUUUUGCAGAGAAUCUGGCUUUCUUGCUGGAUGCAUUGAAGAAAGGGGAUCGCAGCAGCAGCCGGCCCGUGUUGUUCGUCCUGGAUGAGUUUGACCUUUUCGCCCACCACAAGAACCAGACUCUGCUCUACAACCUGCUGGACGUCUCCCAGUCGGCCCAGGCUCCCGUCGCCGUGGUCGGCAUUACCUGCAGACUGGAUGUUCUGGAGCUGCUGGAGAAGCGGGUGAAGUCUCGGUUCUCCCACCGCCAGAUCCACCUGCUGAGCAACCCGACGUUCACUCAGUACCUGGCGCAGGUCCGGACCCAACUCAGCUUGCCCGCCGACUUCUCCGACAACCAGUUUGCCGAGGACUGGAACGCCAGUGUAAAGACGCUUGUUGAAGACAAAUCAGCGGUGGAUGUUUUACAGAGACACUUCAACUCCACCAAAGACUUCCGUUCGAUGCACAUGCUGCUGAUGUUGUGUCUGAGUCGUGUGUCCGUGGCCAAACCUGCCGUCCAACCCGCGGACCUGCUGGAGGCCAGCAGACUGUGUUUCUCUGACGCCAAGGCCAACAUACUCCACGGUCUGUCCAUCUUGGAGCUGUGCCUGAUCAUCGCCAUGAAACAUCUCAACGACGUCUACGAAGGAGAGCCGUUCAAUCUGCAAAUGGUUCACAACGAGUUUAAGAAGUUCCUCCAGAGGAAGUCAAACUCCAUGUACAACUUUGAGCAGCCUGUCAUCAUGAAGGCCUUCGAGCACCUGCAGCAGCUGGAGCUGAUCCGGCCCCUCGACAGCUCCGCGGCCAGAAUCCAGAGGGAGUACCAGCUGAUGAGACUCAUGGUGGACCACAGUCAGAUCAUGGAGGCCCUGCAGAAAUACCCACAAUGCCCCACUGACAUCAAGCAGUGGGCCAUGUCGGCGUUCAGCUAGGACUGAGA